AUGGGCAUGUACACGAAGAAAUAUUCCGGUGCAUUUAUUCUGUGCCCAGUACCACCAGGUGGACAUCCAGCGAGCGUUACCAUCAUAGCAGACAACGUCCCUACGGAUUUCCCAGGGGAUCGAGCAGAUUCCAGGGGCAUCACCAUCUCUGCGGAGUUACCGGCUGAAGAGUUUCGUAUUGUGGCUUGUGUACCGCCGUUACAUAGGCGUUAUGACAAAGUCAGUCAGCUGAUAGAGUUUGUGGAGGUUCAGCGAAUGCUUGGUGUUGAUCUAAUCGUGGUUUACAACCAUUCUGUAUCUGCCAGGGUAGGUAAAGUGCUGGACAGCAUGUCACAUCACGGUGUUGUCCACGUUAUUCCCUGGGAGUUACCGUUCGAUGCUUACCUAGGUGGAGGUUACACCAAUAUUCAUUAUUUCGGCCAGCUGGCCGCGGUGAACGACUGUCUGUAUAGGUACCGCUCCAGAACUCAGUAUAUCAUCAAUGUCGACAUGGACGAGUACAUUGUGCCUUCACUUGAAGGGAACUUGUGGUUGUGGGUGAACAAGCAGCUUACACUAAACCCGGCAGCAUCGGCUUUCAUUCUAAAAUCGUACCUCCUUUACUCCUACCUCCCGGAUCACAAGGAUUAUUUCCCCACACAAGAGGCCGCCAAGAAGUACCAGCUGGUCACUUUAUUGAAAACCAACAGGACAGAAGAAACGCUACCGUUCAGGAUACGACCGAAGUAUAUUUACGAUCCGAAGCGUGUGGUUUCAGCUGGAAUUCAUAACAUAUGGGGCCAUCGCCGGAACUUCAAAUCGCAGUACAUCCCCUCGGACGACUGUACGGUCUAUCAUUACAGGAAUGCAAAGGUAACCCCUAACCCUAACGGAUCUGUAACAGAUACGUAUUUCCACAGUUUUCAAUAUGACAUUGUGCAAAGGAUAGAGUCACGUUGGCGAACGAUACGGCGUGAAAUGAACCUGACGUUUUCAGAUCUUAAUCAUUGA